AUAGUUUGCCCAAAUGACUUUCUUGUCAAGACGAGCCAUUCAGCUUUGGCAACAGAGGAAGUUAUGUUCAGCUGUCGGGAGCAAAAACUAUGACAUUAUUAUUGUUGGAGGUGGACUCGUAGGCGCUGCACUAUGUGCUGGUGUUUGUCAGUCACAGUCACCUUGUAAGGUUGCCCUAGUAGAACCUCACUUGCAAACGUUUCUUUCAAACGGUUCUGAACAGAAAGAGAGAUCGUUCCCUUUGAGGACCUCGACUAUCAACCCUGCUUCCCAGCGAUGGCUCAAGAAGCUGAAGAUAUGGGAAUUAUUGGACUCAAAGGAGGUUGCCUCGUUUGCGAGGAUGAAGGUGUGGGAUUCGCGAAGUGGUUCAUCAAUAGUGUUUCAUUCUUCAGAAGUUGGCAUGGAAUCUCUAGGAUCCGUUGUUGCUAAUGAAGACUUAUUGAAGGCUUGCUACAGAAGAAUUCAAAGACAAACAGUGUCGACUCAGGACAAGAUAGAUUUUUUUGAUUCACAAGUAGAUACUAUUCAGUGGUCCUCGUCUCAUAGUGGUCUUACUGAGUGGCCUGUUCUUACUUUGAAAGACGGAAAUGAACUGCACGGUCGUGUUGUUGUUGCUGCAGAUGGUUCCAACUCUCCUACCAGGAAGUCUGCAAACAUACCACGGUAUUCGCAUUAUUAUCAACAACGAGCUGUCGUUGUUUCUGUACGUACAGAAAAACUACAUCGGACGGCAUGGCAAAGAUUUUUGUCUACUGGCCCUAUUGCAUUACUACCUAUGGCAGGUUUUAAUAUUUCCAACGUUGUUUGGUCAACAACAGAAGUUGAGGCCAGUAUUCUGUCCUUGGCAACAAAAGAAGAGUUAGUCGAAGAGCUGAACAAUGCGUUUUUGGGUACAACCAAUGCUAUUAGUCUUAAAGUUCCCAACUCGGAAGAAUAUCCACCAGCCAUUUCUGAAAUAUUGAGUGGUCCAGCAAGCUUUCCUCUAACUCUGGGACAUGCUACUGAAUAUGUAAAAGAACGUUUAGUUCUUAUUGGUGACGCAGCACACUCAGUUCAUCCUCUUGCUGGUCAGGGGGUUAACCUUGGAUUUGCAGAUGCUCGUUGUCUUCUUGAGAUUUUCGAGAAUGCAUGGAUGACUGGAAGAGAUCUUGGUGAAUUAUCGCUUCUUCUGCAGUAUCAGAGGAAGAGACUGCCAAAGAAUUUACUGAUGCUAUCAUCUUUACAUAGUUUGGAGUCUAUUUUUUCGUUCAACUCUGGUUCAGUUUCGUUUAUCCGUGGUCUAGGAAUGAGUUUACUGGGGGGUUUUCUUCCAGCUAAGAAAGCUAUUAUUGAGUUUGCUAGUGGGAACAGUGACUGAGGAAGUGAACUAGAUGAUGAAAAAUCUGGUUUUUGAAAAUUUUUCUUUUUUCCUUUAUGUUAUUUGAGCAUCGAGUGCUGUUAAGUUG